AUGGAUGAUUUCCUCGCAGCGGUCGGUGUGCAGGCCAUGAAAUAUGCCAUACGGUCUGGCAUCACCUUGACUUCCACCUACGCCCUGGGUCAAUGCUCGCGUCUGCUCAAGUCGGUCGAGGGCAGAGCCAUUUAUGCUGAGCUCAAGUCACUACAAAGCACUCUCGACAGCAAGAUCAAGAUCAUUUCACCAGCAAUAGACUUGAUCGAGUUCAAAUCAGGUAGAGGAAACCUAUUCCUGGAAUCUGCCACCCCCCUCGCGAAGUCACUUCAUAAGGAGAUCGUCUCGCUAGGGCGCCGUAUAGAAGCAGCAACUACACUGAGCUCGGACUCAGAUAGUGAUCGAGCUCAAUCCAAGUCACCUCCUAUCAGUCAAGAUGACCUACUCGCUAUCGUCACAAGCAUUAAGGCCUUGUUGGAACGGAUAGACCGUGACAUUCCUCUUCUCCAGUUGGCUAUUACUGCAUCAGGGGAGAGUCUUUCGACUUCUCUGCCGACCGGCAUAUCACCUUCCAGACUUUUGCAAGCAAGCACACUUCUCAUUGUCGGUGACACGCAGUUUGCCCAGGACCCAACAAGGCCAGUUCAGAUUGGUCCGGCCUUCACCUUGUCCCUAUACAUGCUAUUUCUCGGACAUGCAUCUACACUAACAUCACAAGGCGCAACUGGAACCCCGACAAGCAACACAGCCCUUGCAUCCAGUGGCUCUGCCCAGUCUCUAAACGAUAACAGAGUUUACGGCCUAGGUGAAGGGGACAGGAAGCCAUUGUGGCAGGAGGUCUUGCACAAGGCACGAGUUCGCAUCUGCAGAACCCGAAGAGACUUCUUUUUUGACAGCAGAACAGGCUAUCAUGCAGGCUGCUUGGCCUCUCUCCCAACUCCUGUGUCGUCUGAAAACAGCUGGGAAUAUGCAUACCAUCUGGAGAUCAUUGAGGAUCUCGAUGACGGGCGCCUCCAUGACGACGAGCAAGACUCUCGAUCGUAUGAUGACAUCCCAAAGGCAGGAAUUCGCGAGUCUAUCCCGGUACAUGAAUUAUCCAAGAUAUUCUACACAGAUACAGGCAGGAUCUUGAAUAUUGGAUCUGCCACCGACAGCGAACAAAGACCAGUGCUACUCUUGAAACGAGAUAGUCAAGCUGCCCCCUCCAAGCCUGAUACCGAAGGUAUAGCAGGCUUCAUUGAAGAUUCGGGGGAUGGCGCCAAAAGUACCAUGAUUGAGGCAAGGGAUGCUGAGGACGACCAGGCCGAUGUUGACAGACAACUCCUGGAGGAGUCUCGAAACUCUUCAACCAACCCCAAGAAAGCCGCACCUAUCGGAGAGCACUCUAAAUGGAAGUUCCCGGCACAUCUUGAUCCGGAAUGGAUCGCGCUGGAGGUGUUUGAGGAGGACGAUGAAGAAGCAGCGGAGGAUGACGACGAUGCAUCACUUGACUCUGGGACCAUGGGCAAACAGGAGAUGCCUCCAAGGCAGGGAACUCCUCGUGACAGAAGGUCCCUUGACUCCAGGGUUGUCGACCAGAUCAAGAGGCUAUCACUGAGUGGCCCUGAGCAGUCCAGCUCUCUGCAGCCAGUUACCGCGGCGGAGACGGAGAACUUUGUCGCCCGGUCCCCGUUCGGCGCCAUCACAACUUCUCUGUCGCUGAUGGAGAUGUUGAUCCGACUGGCUAGUCUCCAGGAGUUUCAGCAGGCAUCCCACCUCUCUAUUCCGGAUCACAUCUUGACAUUCUUCCUGGAAGAAACAUCGACGACGGGUUUAGUUGGGGAGACACAGUGGAGGGCGCGGAGCGAAGCGAAACGACGAAUGGGAUUUGACCCUUACACGGAUACCCCAACAAAGUAA